GGUCACAUGAGCUGGGCGCUGGGGGCGCUUCCGGGGCCGCGCGGGGCGGCGCGCAGCGCAGCGGGACCUCAGCGCGGCGGCCCCGGCGCGGCCUGGCCCAGCCCGGCCCAGCCCGGCCCAGCCCGCCAGAGCCAAGACAGCCAAGAUUUUCAACUGUAUUGGACUUGUGUGUUAGCAGAAUGGUUUAUUUUGUUCCAUUAUUGGAGAUUCCUUGUUGCUGGUGAUGGGUGAGCCUGAAAAAACGCAGCUUGACUUGCACAUCCCAGGGUGUUCUUUAGCCCACUCUCCUGAAGACAAGAGGUUCUGGCUGAUCAGGACUACCUAUUAGUGAUUUAAGUUGGCUGGAGAAUGGAAGGUGUUGAGUUUAAGGAAGAAUGGCAAGAUGAAGAUUUUCCAAGGCCCCUGCCAGAGGAUGAUCCUGUUGACUCAGAUGUGUUGGCUGCAGCUGGAACAGAAUGUGAAGCUGAGGUUAAUGGAAUCAAAGUGAGGAAGAAACUAGUGGCACCAGAUAUCAGUUUAACUUUAGAUCGCAGUGAGGAAUCUGUUUUGUCUGACUUUGAGAGUGGAGAGAUUGAUUUGGAUGACUUAGAUACUCCUUCAGAGAAUAGCAAUGAGUUUGAAUGGGAAGAUGAUCUUCCAAAACCGAAAACUACUGAUGUAAUUAGAAAAGGAUCACUUACUGAAUACACAGCAGCAGAGGAGAAAGAUGAUGGUCGACGCUGGCGUAUGUUUAGGAUUGGAGAACAGGACCAUAGGGUGGACAUGAAGGCAAUUGAACCAUACAAAAAAGUUAUCAGUCAUGGUGGUUAUUAUGGUGAUGGGUUAAAUGCCAUUGUUGUGUUUGCUGUUUGCUUUAUGCCUGAAAGCAGUCAGCCUAACUACAGAUACCUAAUGGACAAUCUAUUUAAGUAUGUAAUUGGCACUUUAGAGCUACUAGUAGCGGAGAACUAUAUGAUAGUUUAUCUGAACGGUGCAACAACACGGAGAAAAAUGCCAAGCUUAGGCUGGCUUAGGAAAUGUUACCAGCAAAUUGACAGGAGGUUAAGGAAGAAUCUAAAAUCAUUAAUCAUAGUUCAUCCUUCUUGGUUCAUCAGAACGCUUCUGGCUAUCACAAAACCCUUCAUUAGCUCAAAAUUCAGCCAAAAAAUUAGGUAUGUCUUUACCCUGGCAGAGCUAGCUGAACUCAUCCCCAUGGAAUACGUUGGCAUCCCAGAAUGCAUAAAACAGUAUGAAGAAGAAAAGUUUAGAAAGAAACAAAAAAGCAGAGUUGAUCAAGAGUUGAAUGGAAAGCAAGAGCAGAAAAGUGAACAAUAAGUUUUGGAGUCCAAACAAGACUGAAGAAUACACAGAUGGAACGAUGCUUUUUUCUUCAUUUGCGAUGUGUGUAUAUACGAUGUAACUUCUUGCAAGAGGUGCUUAACUUCUUUGAACUAGCACACGAUGGACUGUUCACUGCUGUAUUGUUUUGUCUUGACUUUAGUAGUUACCUUUAUGUAAUCCUUUUAUACUGCCAAAUGUCAAAGAACCUUGUGUUUAGAGGAUAUUCUUGCAAUUGUUUACCUAAAUGAUGCAUGUUCUUCAGUAAAAUAUUUAUGUAUCUAAAUGCUAAAGGAAAGAUAAUAUAUAUUUUUAUGACUUUGAGCAAUAUAUUGUGUACCUGCUGAAGGAAUUCAUUUGCAGGUAGGCAAGGCCAUAAAUUACAGUUUUAUUGUAUAAAGUGCAUGAUCUGUUGCUGUAAAUGGUCAAGUGCAUUUCUUAGUUGUCAUAGAAACCUUAAUUUGUUUGAAUAUUAACAGUCACAAUGUA